AUGCGCUUCAUCAUCCCUCUCACCCUCCUCCUCACCUCCCUCGUUCUCGGCGCCCCCACGGCCGACCCCGACACCACGAAUGUCGAGGCUGCUGCGGACGCGGCGGCACCCGCUGACGAGUUCGAUAUCCAGCGGUGCCGUCGCGGAUGCAUCGAGCUGUCCAGCUGUCAGAGAGGACGCUUUGAGAGUGGAGGGAAAAAAGGAGGCGGAGACGAGAAGGUGGAGGUGAUGAUUGAUUGAGGGAGUGAAUGGGAAACUGGUUUGUGUCGUUGGAACUGAGGAAGGAGGAGGUUAUAUCGUUUGUUGAUUAUCAACAAACCAAUCACCCAACUACUGUCAUUCGUUUCCACCUGAACUCAGAGAGAGGAAAUCCACAACUUCGAAGACACUCUUCAACCUUUUUUCUUCUUCCCUUUCCCUAUAGGCUUUGGAUAGCACUUCUGCGCUCCUAAGUAUCCUACAUGAUGAACGAAUUCAUCACACUGAUCACAUCUACGACCACCAUGAGUAUCCCUGCCAUCAAGAACCGCGGACAGAAUAUAGCAAAUAACAUCAAAUGCCGGCGGAGGAUACACGCCC